AGAGAGAGAGAGAGCAUCAUUACUCCAUCAACACCUCGCAGAGACAGUAGGAGAGUUACCGAGAGCGAGAGUUGCGGCAUGUUUCCCGCUCGGCGUGUUCUCUCGGUUUCUGCUUAACGAGCUCAACAUUUCUGGAGGACAUUAUCAUAACCCAGCUCUUCUCAAUGAUGGGGACCUUACAUGACAGUAUUGGAUUUGUGCUCUUUUCCUGUUUGUCCAUUCAAGUUGGAUUUUCUUUUGAUGGAAAAUUUACAGAUUUCCCCUCCAACAUCACAGCCAGGGAAGGGCAGAACAUCGAGAUGGCAUGUGCCUUUCAAAGUGGGAUGUCCUCGGUUUACUUGGAGAUCCAGUGGUGGUUUAGACGCGCUCCAGAGGAACUGAUGACGAGCGAGGAGGACGAGGAUGACGUCGAGAUGGAGCUGAUUCCAGAUCCUGAUCCUGAUGAAGAAGGGACCAAAAUAAGUACAGUCAAGGUCCAAGGCAACGACAUCUCCCACAAGCUGCAGCUCUCUGGCGUGAGCAAGAACGACGAGGGUUUGUACGAAUGCCGAGUCACGGACGCAAACGACGGAGAGCUCAAAGAGUACAAGGCUCAAGCGAUCCUGAAAGUGAACGCCACCGCGCGCCCGCGGAGCCGGGCCGUGAAGAAGAGCUCGCCGCUGCACCUGACCGACAAGAAACCCCGUAAGAACAGCCCGGGUCUGGGCCAGGACAGCAACAUGAGCUCAGACCAGAGAUCCCAGUCCACUUCUACCUCUCAGACGGCCCACUCCCACACACACCAGCACAGCUCAGGUACGAGGAUAGCCACGAGUAAUGGACUUGCUCUUCUGCUCCUCCUCACGUCUGGCCUCCUGAGGGACGCGUGGCUAUAGUUUCAAGACAGUGACUCUUUUUCCCUGAAUCACUCUUAUUUCAGAGCCAAGAGAAAAUUGCCUGCUAUUUGAACGGAGCGUCCCGACCCUUACUUCAAACCACUGCACCCAAUGUAGUCUAAUGAUCAUCACCAGAAGCACUAUUCUUUAAAAAGCCUAUAGGAGACGGAAACUGCCAUAGUGGACACGUGCUUCACGCUCCAAAUCAAACAGAAGACACACACUCACUCACACACACACACGGACACGGACUCUUAUGGGAUCUUGCGCCCCAUAUAUAUUUUUGGUUGUUUUUCUUUGUUUUGUUGGCCUUUUAUCUCCAGCUGUGAAUUUAAUACAUUGCUCCGAAGAGUCUAUAUUUGUGUAACAUAUGAAUAUAUGAACAGAUAUACAGUAUAUAUAUAUAUAGUAUUUGAUUUCAAAUUCCCUCGACUCUGUACAGCUGCCAUUCAUUCAUAUGCAAAAACAGCCUUGAAAACAAAGUAACGGCUCCACGGCUUUCGUACAUGUUGUGUUCUGGAUCGCUCUCGAUGUGGUAAAUCACCGUGUUUACGCUGCAUUAAUGCAGACGUUCUUGCUUAAAUAUGUGCUUUUGAUUUCUUUUCGGCAUAAUAAAUGUGAGUAUAUUC